CGCGCCAGUUACUCGGGCGGCCGGGGGCCGCCAUUUUCUUCCAGCAAAGGACAGCAGUUCAGAGCAUAGGUAGCGAGAAUUCGGGUGCAUUGUUAGUGAAUCGAAUCGAGAGAAGUGAAACGUGAAACGCGUAAACUCCUUUCGUGUACAACGCGAAUCGUGUGCAAUCAAUUUUUUACGGUUGUACAGGUUGCAGUGUGCCCGGUGGUCAUUAUAUUCGCGUGACUUUACACCGUGCCGACCGCGGCGGCCACCCGGUAGACGGACGCCGUCGUCGCCGCGUGCAUUUUGUAGAAUUGACAACGAGCUGGGAAUAUAUGCAUUUUCAAGAGAGACGUAGGAAGAUCACGUAAAAAAAGGAAAAGUGAAAGGAGAAAAAGAGGACAAAUAGUGCGUGAGCGCAAAGAAAGACAAGUAGCAAGGUGAAAAAGGAGAGACAGACGCAGAGAUAAAGGGAUAGAGAAAGACAGAAGCAGAGUGUGAAUAGUUUGGUGAUCGCAGUGUGACCACGUACAGUGAAAAUACUCAACUAUCAAUCAACUUCGAGUGCUGGGACGCCAAGUGGGAUAUUAAGGGAGAGCGAGUCGCCUCCGACAGGAGACGGUGUUCACUGAACCGUGAUGCAUUGGAGAUUCGGCGGUUUUUAUCCGAAGACCGACCAGAAGUUAGUGUUGCAAAAGCAGUUUGUGUGACAAAGCCUAAAAGACAGCAAGAGUGCUAAAACAUUGUACUAGUUGGACUAAAAGAGGCAUCUCCGCUGUGAGUGUCUUGUCAAGAUAGAUUCUGUUGUCUUCUACUGUUGUUGGAGCAGAAGGGGGAGGGAAGCAGUUGUAAUUUCUAUAUAGUGAUACUGAGAGCGCACAGUGAAAACAAUAAAAAUAGGGGGGGCGGUCUGCUGACCGAUGGACAAACGGAAGAUGAUGCCCAAACGCCCUCGUAUGGAGAACUUGAGGGGUCCGAUUGCUAACGGACCAAUUCAAACACGACCACUAGUUGCACUUCUCGAUGGUCGUGAUUGUUCUAUUGAAAUGCCCAUCCUUAAAGACGUCGCAACUGUUGCCUUCUGCGAUGCACAAUCCACCUCAGAAAUACAUGAAAAGGUAUUAAAUGAAGCAGUAGGUGCAUUGAUGUGGCACACGAUAAUUCUGACGAAGGAAGAUUUGGAAAAGUUUAAAACACUUCGAAUCAUCGUUCGGAUUGGUUCCGGUGUGGAUAAUAUCGACGUCAAGGCAGCUGGAGAGCUUGGCAUUGCGGUAUGUAAUGUGCCUGGCUACGGGGUUGAAGAAGUAGCUGACACUACUCUUUGCCUCAUCUUAAAUCUUUAUCGGCGCACUUAUUGGCUUGCCAAUAUGGUGCGCGAAGGCAAGAAGUUCACAGGACCAGAACAGGUGAGAGAAGCAGCAACUGGUUGCGCAAGGAUACGGGGCGACACGUUGGGUAUUGUCGGCCUCGGUAGAAUUGGUUCCGCUGUUGCGCUGCGUGCCAAAGCGUUUGGCUUCACCGUCAUCUUUUACGAUCCUUAUUUGCCAGAUGGUAUCGAAAAAUCACUAGGUCUCACCAGGGUUUACACAUUACAGGAUUUGCUGUUCCAAUCAGAUUGUGUAUCUCUGCACUGUACCUUGAAUGAACACAAUCAUCAUUUAAUAAAUGAAUAUACUAUUAAACAGAUGAGACCGGGAGCAUUUUUAGUCAAUACAGCGCGAGGUGGUUUAGUGGAUGAUGACGCGCUGGCCGCGGCGCUCAAACAGGGUAGAAUCCGCGCGGCCGCACUAGACGUCCAUGAAAAUGAACCAUACAACGUCUUUCAGGGUCAGUCCGCGAAUCAGUGUCCAUUGAAAGAUGCACCCAAUCUGUUGUGCACUCCACAUGCCGCCUUCUACAGUGACGCAAGCUGCACCGAGUUACGCGAGAUGGCGGCGAGUGAGAUACGACGGGCGAUCGUCGGACGCAUACCCGACUGCCUACGCAACUGCGUGAAUAAGGAAUACUUCCUUUCUUCGACUGGUUAUCCCGAGGGCAUCAACGGCGGAUACUAUGCUGGGGCGCUGCCGGUACAACAGACGGCGCAUUCGACGACUCCUCACGAUACUGCGCCUCCACCCCCGGUUCCCGGUGCCGGCGGUGGGCACUCCGUCGUCGGCGGCGGUGGCGGUGGUGGCGGUGGCGGAGGUGGCGGCGGCGGGGCCGGCGGUGGUGGGGGCGGGGGUGGCGGGAUCGGCGGGCCCAACUCCUCGUCCUCGUCCGCCGUAACGGUGGCGGGGGCCGCGGGCGGCGGGGCCGGCGGCGCGGGAGGUACGGGCGGCGGGCCCGCAGGGCCGCAGGGCCCCCUGCCGCUGUCGGCGGCGGCGGACCCCGUCCGCCGCGGGCGUGGUGGGUGCGGUCGCCGCCGGCGGGCCCGGCGGCGGUGGUCCCGCGGCCGGGGCCCCCCACCGCCGGACUGCCCGGUCUACCACACAGCAUAGUGAGCGAGCCCGACCCCCGGCCGAGCCCGCCCGCCCCGAGCCCCCGUUGACCUUGAAAAACAUAACCACCCUCUGAUAACACGAAUCAACCAUUUAGCUCCCUUUCCAUCCCCUCCCUCCAGUAUACACUCAACUUGAGCUGCUACUCGACUACCACAUCGAGCACUACAUCACUUCUAAUUUUCUGCCCUAUAUUAUUUGAUUAAAUCAUUUUGUCAAGCAACUAGAAGUAAUUGCUAUUGUUACUUCUGAAGAUGGGAAUAUUAAGGAUGUUACUGGCGACAAACGGCCGAUACGACUGCCCCGUAAAAUCUGUCCGCUCCGCUGCUUCCGAGAAAUUUUAGAAGGAGUUUGUGCUUGAGAGAGAAUGAUAAAGAUACGUAAAGAAGGAGAAUAAGUGUGAAUGGAAGAAAUGUCGAAUUCGAUUGAAUACACGUUAGUUUAUAUUUGUUCUGGUGUACACUAAAGGUUCAUAUAAAAUGUACUAUGUAAAGGUAGGUACACGAACUUGCAUAAAGGCUUCAAUACAGAUGAUGCAGAUUUAUGCAUAAGUUUACAUAAAUUUGUAUACAAAUUAGCAUAAAGGCAUAGAGUUGCUUAGAUGUUAUACAUAGUGCAUAAUUUAGUCAGAUCGGUCAAGGAAGAUACUCUUAGCAUAAGUUUUCAUAUUGUUUAAUUGAAUAAACAUUAAGAUAUUGAAGUAAUUUAGUGAAAUUUGUUAUUAUAAUCGACAUUUUGUUAACGUCCCAAUAAUAAUUACAAUUUCUAAAUUAGUUUUACUGUAUCCUUAUUACAAUUGUAUUCAUUCUUUUAGUUGUUGCAAGCUUUCCUGAAAUUGUUGAUGAACAAAAUAGAAUUAUAUUGCGAUUAUUUCUUCAUUUAGUUUGAUUAGCAUAAAAUAGUAAAAGAUGUGUUAAUUUUAGAACAAAAAAAUAAAAACCGCAAUAUCUGUAGAUAUUUGAUUUAUUUAUAGUAAACAGUAAUAGUUACAUUUGAAAUAUUGGAUUGCAUAUACAUCUGUGUACUUGACGGGUUAUUGCUAUAUGUAUUUUUAUUUAAACAAAAUAAUCUCAUGUUGAUUAAAAGCAGGAAAUAUUGUCCUAUUAAAAUUCAGCAUAAAUUUAAAUAUUUCUGUAAUUGUUAAAGUUAUUUCAAACAAUAUGUUUAUCUUGAAAAGUUUUAUUAUUAUCUUGAAAAACUUUAUUAUUAACUGGAAAUCUCUCUUAACUGAUUUUGAAUUUAUUGAUUAUACUUAAAGUUUUUGUUCAUUUAUUAUAAAUUGUUUAAUUCUGACACAUCUAAAACUAUCUAAUUAAUAUGUAUAUUUAUCAAAACGUUCCAUUAAAAACGUGGAAAUAUAUGUUGUCCAUAUUAUCGAUCAAGGCUCUUACGUUAUGUCUACUUAAGUAAGUUAGUAUGUAAUAACAGAAGCUUUAUUUUACAUCAGUGCAUACAGGUGUAUUCAAUCAAAUUGGCUAGAGAGAGUUAGUAAGUGCGCGUGCGUGUGUGCGUGCGCGCGUGAGUGAGAGAGAGAAAAUACGCAUGUGCGUGCAUGUGUUUUGUGAGAAAUAGUGUGACGAGUAAAUAAAAGCAAUGCGUAAGAAAAAGAAAAAAUAGCGCACACAAAAAAAUAAAGAGGAAAGGAAAAAAACAGUGAAAAGAGAAAAAGGAAUUGAAAAUUGCAGUAUACUCAUUCAUAUACGUGAUUUUACGUUCUCAUGUUUGCAUUUGUACAGUCGUACGGAUAAGAAAGUGCAUUUUUGAUGUAAUUUUUGUGACCAAACCAAAUACAGUUAGUAUAAUGAAGACCAGUCAGUCAGUCAAUCAAUCAGUCAGUCAGUCAGUCAGUCAGUCAGUCAGUCAGUCAGUCAGUCUCUCUCUCUCUCUCUCUCUCUCUCUCUCUCUCUCUCUCUCUCUCUCUCUCUCAAUCUUCCAGUAAUUGCAUUAAUUUUAUAUGGCAUUUGUUUGAUUUGGGCGCGCUCUCUUUUGCACUUUCUCCUUACGAAAAAUCUCUAAAUCUUAUAAGUAAAUUGUGUGGAAAAAGUAUAUUAGUAAUUAAAUAGAAACGAGAAGAGAUUCGUAUUAAGGUUCGAUGAAAUUUGUAUUUGAUAUAAUAAUAAUAAUAAUGAUAAUAAUAAUAAUGAUGAUGUAAAUGUAUUAGGUUGAUUAUAAAAAACAAGAAAAUAUGUUUAUUAUUUUCGAUAUACGUAUUAUUAAAACAAUUUUAAUUCUUGUUUUAUAUAAUUUUUAAAUAAAAUUAUAUUUUGUUUAUUCUUAAUAAACAAUUCUAUAUAAAACUAUGUGAAUUAAUUUGCAUAGUUUGUAGUAGAAUAAAAAAAUUUAAGAACAAAAAGAAAUAGAUAUAAGAAUUCCUUCAAAAUAGGAAAGAAAUAUAUGAACGAAUUUUGAUCAAUCUAAUACAUCCAUUACCGUGAAAGUAAAUAAUUGGUAUUUGUACAAAGUCACCGAUGAUUCGACAGAAUCAAGAGUGUUUGCAUUAUAAGCAUAAUGAAAUUUUGAAAUUAAACUUAUACACACAUGUGUGCGUGCGUGCGUGUGCGUGUGUGUGUGUGUGUGCGUGUGUGUGUGCGCGCGCGCGCGCGCGCGUGUGUGUGUGUGUGCGCGUGCGUGCGUGCGUGCGUGCGUUGCGUUCGCGCGCGUGUGCAUGCGUGUGUGUGUAUACACUGGUGUUCAAUAAUCAAUUUAUCAUUAUUAGCACAUGAUCUUUAUCAUCAUUAGCACAUAAUUUUCAAGUAUAUUCAAUAACCAUUCAAAUUUUCAGAUCCGUAUUUAAAAUAUUUAAUUGUUGAUAGAUUUCGAUGAAUUUGUUAAAUUACAGAUGAUUAUAAAAAAGAGAUACACGCGAGUUUCUUACAUUCAUCAAGUAAUAAAUAAUUUGCAGAAUUAUAUUCGAACUUUUAUAGAUUUCAUUUUAUUUACUUUACAUUAUAAAUAAUUUUGUCGCAAAAUAUUCAUUUAAAUAUUCAAAUUUUCGAGUAUAGAAUCAUAUACAAAAGAGGAAAAGUCUGUAGUUAAUAAAGAAAUAAUGUAUCAGAUUGA